GCGGUGAAGAAUCCUGUCCCUGUCCCUGCCCUUCAGGAGACACUGAGCACCUUCUCUGUGACCCAGGAAGGCAGAGUCAAGGGAGGCAGAUUCAACAGGGCAUGGAGAUGGCCAUGGAGUCCAGCCACCAGGAACCUGGCUUUUCUUCAUCGCUGCAGGAGUAUAUCCAGGCCAUCUUUGGGUUGGAGCUGCAGCAGGCCCAGCAAAACAUAGUCCAGAAGCACGUGGCCCCCCUGCUGGAGCUGGGCACCAGCCUCCUGAACCAGACCACAGCCCAGACCCUCAAGCUGACCGACAUGGAGGCUCAGGUCCUGAAACAGAUGUCACACAUGAAGUGCCAGAUGCUGGAGGCUUUGCAGACCACCAACAAGCUGGAGAAGCAGAGCCAUGAGCCACAUGUAUUGCAUGGCCACAGCAGGAACCCAGCUGUGGAAUCUCAGCAACAGUCCCAGCUGGCUAGCCUCCACAGCUUGAAGGAGCAGCUGCAGCGGCUGCUGGACCUCCAGAGCAGCACCCUGACCAGCGUCCAGCACAGCCUACAAACUGCAAGCAACAGCUCCAGCCAAUUGCAGCAGAAGCACAGCCAGCUUCUGGAGAACCUGCAGCAGCUCAUGCACCUGGGAGAGCAGGGGCCAGGGGCAGCUGUGCUGGGGUUCCAGGACUGUGAGGACAUCCACAGGUCUGGGAUCAGUGUUGACAAUAUCUACACCAUUUUUGUGCCCAAUGUGAAAGAGCCCAGGAGGGUGUUCUGUGUGAUGGACACCGAUGGAGGUGCCUGGACCGUCAUCCAGCGCCGUGAGGAUGGCUCAGUGGAUUUCCAGCGGAACUGGGAGGAAUACAAGCAGGGCUUUGGAGACCCAGCUGGUGAGCACUGGCUGGGCAAUGAGGUGGUGCACCAGCUCACCAGCAGCAAAAGUUACUCUCUGCGUGUGGAGAUGGAAGACUGGGAAGGCAACGCAGUCUCUGCCAACUUCAAGAAUUUCCAGCUGGGCAGCGAGAAGCAGUUUUACAGGAUUUUUCUGGACAAGCACAGUGGUGUGGCAUUGGUCCGGGGCCAGCCGAUUCUUGGGAACAACAACUUCAGCACCAGUGACGCAGACCAUGACAAUUGCCUUUGUGAGUGCUCGAAGACAAUGUCUGGAGGGUGGUGGUUUAAUGCCUGUGGUGCCUCCAACCUCAAUGGCAUCUACUACCCAGCCGGCCAGCACUUGCACAAGAUUAAUGGCAUCCGCUGGCACAGUUCCCGUGGCCCCACAUAUUCACUGCGUGCCACCCGCAUGAUGAUCCGGCCCUUGAUCAACUAACAAGCACUGGGCGGAGGCCAAUCAAUGUCGUUUAUCAGCACAAGACCAGCAAUAGCAUCUGCAAUACACAGGGUCCUGAAGGUCAAAAGGACUAUGUAGGUGACAUCCCAAGGCACUAGAUUCUCAAUUAGUGGUAAUCAUCCUGCAUCAGAGGAGAUUCUCUUUUCUAUUGUAUAAAACAUAUGGGCCUGACUCUCUCUGAAUGU